UGUCUACGAAAAGAUACCAUAACCUCAAAGAGAAAUUGGAGUGGUAAACAUAAAAAAGGGAACAAGCAGAGCUGUAGAAUAUCUAUUUUAAAAUAUAUUAUGUUCUAAAAAUGAUGCAGGCCAUAAAGAUAAUGAACGCCAGCACUCUGACAAUUAGUACCACCAGGCUCUGCGAGUCUUUCAUCCCAAAUUCUGUCUAUACACAGUGUGUGCGUUGGAAGAGGAAACCAAUUUGGUUACCUACAGCAAAAUCGAAAUUAUAUCGAGUACCAAAGAAACGUGUUAUACCAGAAGUGGAUAAACAGGAGUUGCAACGUUUAUAUAACAAUUACAGGACAUACAUGACAUCACUUAGGUCAUAUUUCGUUGAAGUUGAGGAAAGAAACAGAGUGCAAUAUGAUGAGGCGACUAUGAAAGCAGCAGAGGAGAAAGACUUUGAAAAGUGUAGCGCCAUAAAUGAUGAAUGGAAUACAGAAGUGGCGAAGAUACGAGAGGCCAGACUGGCCAAGAUAAAGGAGAGCAAAAGGGAGAUUAUUCUGCAGAAGUUGCUGAAGCAAGAACAGCGGCAGGAGAAGCAGAAGAAGAAGAUCGACGAACGGAUCAGAAAAGCCAAACAGGAAGCUGUUACAUUCAUCACCGCAGAUAAUAUAGAUGCAGCGAUUGAAGAAUGUUUAACGAAUACCGUUAAUCAUAAUCGCGCGAUGGAUUUGAAAGGAAACUGGUAUGAGGGGAAGUAUCUUCCGGAUUCGCCCAUUGAAGGGACGCAGAUACCGGCGGUUGCUGAGCAAUGACAGACAAGUGACAUUCAGGCUGCAUAGAAAAGUGAAACAAAGAUUUGAUGAUCCUAUCUUUUUUUUCCAAGUAUUUUAAACAUUUGUUGGAGUAAUUAUGAAUAGUUGGAAUAAUAAGUAUGAAUUAUAUAUAUAUUGUAAUAAGUACGAAAAAAUACAUAUGAAUGCCCCGCG